CAGCCUAGUUUUCCUAUUAUUUGAAGGUGCCCUUGUGUCUAAAAUGUCUAUGGAAUAUUUACAUUGGAAUUGUGUUGAUUAUUGUUUUGACGUUUGACUGCAUUAAAUUACUUUUCCAGUGGUUGGCAAAUAUUGUAGUUGGCUUUAUUUUUACUUGUUAAGCUAAUUAAAAGUCAAAUAAAGACCUUCGAGAUGGUGCUUAAUUUGCCACCUCUGCCGGACACUUUGAAACAAAUCCAACGAUUUCUAAAUGUGGCAAAUCAAUUCGAGCAAAGAGAUAUUGCUGUGGCGUAUUGGUCCAGGCUCCACGCGUUGCAGCUGGCCUUGAAGAUGGACCGCAAGUCGAAGGAGGCGCAGGCGGUGUCCGUGGCGCUGCUGGACUGGCUGGAGAAGGAGAAGAAGGGCAACCAGUCGAGCGAGAUACGGCAGGCGGCGGCCGCCAAGACGCACCUCGAGGAGAUAGCCACCAGGCUGCUCGAGAAGGCAUAUGAACUCGACUUGGCGGAGCAGUACGGCAAGCCGAUAAUCCACUACUUCUACACGGCGGGCGUGCUGUUCGACGUGAUGCAGCAGUUCGGGGAGCUGUCGGAGGAGGCGACGCAGAAGCGCAAGUACGCCAAGUGGAAGAGCGUGUACAUCAGCGGCUGCCUGAAGAGCGGGGAGACCCCGGUGCCGGGCCCGCCGGGCGAACAGGGGGCGGCGGGGGGAGGCAAGCCCUGGGACGACGACGACGAGAUGGAGCUCCAGAGUUUCCUGGGGGGCCACGAGAAGCCUGGUCCCGAGAAGCCAGCGGGAAGCGGGGCUUCCCACGUGUCGCCAGUGCAGCCAACAUCGGACUUCACGCCGUCGCCCUCGACAGGCGGGGAGGGAGCUAGCUCGUCGGGCGGGCCCAGCUCGUCCUUCGUGGCCAGCGAAGAGGCCGGAGGCACCGGUGGCGUGAAGCUGACCCCGGAGCUGACCUUGAAGGCCCAGAAGUACUGCAAGUGGGCGGAGAGCGCGCUGAGCUACAGCGACGAGCCGACGGCCAUCGACUACCUCACCAAGGCCCUCAAGCUGGUGCGGACCGGGGUGGACGAGUAAACAAGUUUGUUCCCGUCUGCAAAAUUUGAAGGCCGCCUUUUUUGAAACUAAUAAUUAUGCUUAAUUUUUUUUACAUUAAUAAAGUAUAUUUUGUUUAAAAGUUAGUAGUCUAGGCCAUAUUUUACUGUUAAAUAUAAAGAAAAAAAUAAACAGUUCUAUUGUAUAUUAUCCAAGCUAAUUGCUUAAGCUAAUUUUGAAGAUAAUGUGUAAGACUGCAAGACUGAAAUGUCAGUCAUGAUUGUAAAUAUUGUUGCUAUCAUAUUGUACAUAUUGUAGCUGUUACAUCGGAAAAGGCAUAAGAGCAAGUUGUAAUAACAUCCUAAGUUAAGCAUUUCGAAAGUUCUUAAGUUUCCUGCACACCUUGAUACCCAGCUAUGCACAAUUGAAGGUUUUGCAUGUUAAAUAUUACUAGGAGUGAUUCAGUAGUUUUGUAGAAUGUCGCUUUCUAGCAACUUAAACACUGUGCACUGUAAAGAGAAAAAACACUGAUUUAGGAGAAAAAAGUACAAAAAUGUUAUGCAGGUUUGCAUGUCUGUACUGUAAAACUUUAUGCUUAAGAAUACACAUGGACAACCUUCUUGUGAUGUACAGUGUUGUUUUAGUUGCGAGUGAAUCAUAGCAUCGUACAAUGUUCUAAUUAAAAAAAAAAAAACCCUGUUCUGGCACACAGUUGGAUCUUUAGUUAGGAAAGCCCAUUAAUAGAAGGGCAUUCUCAUUUUGAAGUGAAGAAAAAUAGCUAUUUUAAGUUUGUUGUAUAUAUCAGUACAAACAUUUAAAUUGGUCUGGCAGGUGUACUACUUCAAAUCGAAAAGAGGAGACCGCCUGUAUAAAUCAGUAUUAAAAAAAAAAAUCCAUGUAGGAUAUGCAUGUGCACUUCUUGUAAAGUUGUAAUAAUUUUGCUUUAAGACAUUCGCAAGGCUAUUAAGUGCAUUGCAAGCCUCAAUACAGGGCCCUCUCUUAAAAACUAAAUGCCCGGGGGCAAAAAAUUUUGUUUGGCUUCCUUCCCAUUACUUAAUGUACAGUUUUUGACAACCACAAUCUCUACAACAGGGAGGGGCAAGGGAAUUUUGCCCCCCCUCUGAAACCUUGAAGUGGGGGCAAACGGGGGCAAAGAAAGUGCUGUGUAAUCAAUUUUUAGAUAAUAAAACUGCUUAAAUAGCACCAUUUUCCACCUUGAAAUACAAAUUUUCCCGGGGGAGGACCCCCGGACCCCCCGCUUCAAUAGGGGGGAUCAAUGAUUCUUUAUAAAAAGGUAUAUUGCCCCCCCCCCCCCCCCCCUUUGGAAAUUUAGUUGUUGCGCCCCUGCCUGUGUGUAUUGCAUAACUUUUAAGUAGUGAUGGGUAUAUAUAACAAAUUUCUGGAAUCAAAAUCUGGAAUUUUAAUCCCAAAGAGUAUCUUGAAUAUAACCCUUGAUACUGAAUCUAGAUCUCAAAGGUCAAAAAUUAAAAAAAAAAAAAAAAAAAAAUUAAAAAAUCAAAAAUAUUAUUUAUGGUGUUAAAACAUUCUUCCCUUCAAAUGUUUGUUUCACAAACUGAGUUUCCAGAAUCAAUACAUACUAUUGGUAAUUUAUUUAUAUAUUACACCUUGAAAUAAUACCUUGCGGAAUAGUAACAGCAUAGGUAUGAAGAAAAUAAUUGACCCUGUUAAACUUUAGGGGUAUUCAGUGUUGAAUUUUUUAAUUUACUUUAUUUCCUUUAAUAUUUUUUUUGCAGAUUUUUUCAUCAAAUAUUGAAUCCAUCAAAUAAUUUGGAUUUGAUGGUAUUUAAUGAUUUGAUUGGCCCAUCCCUACUUGUAAGGUUUCCAAUGAAUUCUAUUAGCAAUUGAUUUGUAAUUUUGUUCUACUAUCAGGGUAUGCAUAAAAAAAAAGUCUUGACACUAAACCGGGCCUCCAUGGUGCCUGAAGAUAUUGCCCUCCCCCCUACUCCUCCCUCUACUCUCUCGCCUCUCCACUCUUUCCCCUCUCUACUCUCUCCCCUCUCCACUCUCCCCUCUUCUAUUCCCACCCACUUUGCCCUCUGCUCACCCCUCUUCAACCCACUUACCUCUGGCCACUCCCCCUCUGCCCGUUCCCCUAUCUCCCCCUCUGCCCAUUACCCUCUCUCCCUCUUUGUCCACUCCCAUUCACCCAUCUCCUCACUUUCCCCUCUUCACUCUUCACUCACCCCUCUUCACUCUUUACUUUCCCCUCU